AUGGAUACUGACACUGAUAUUGAAGGCGAUACGCUAAUAGAAGAAAUUAACCUUGAUGAUGAUGAUGAUGAUGACCGUAACGAUGAAAGUACAAGUAGUACUUCUGCCGAUGUCUACGACAUUUUUUACAACGAAUUGUUCAAUUCUGAUGAUGCUAGGUCAUCUAUAUCUGGUGCUCAUAGCUUACUAGAAGCGAUUAAUCGUCUAGAGAUUGAAUGCAGAAAACCAAAUAUCAGAAAAAUAAUCAAAUCCUUUACCAAAUCAAGAAAUCUCGGAGAUAUUGAUAGUUUGAUCCCUUAUGUCAAAACUAGGUGGACAUAUUCGGUUCUCUCUUUUGAGAGAUUAUUACUCUUGGCCCCAUGUUUACUAAAUCUUAUGAAAGAAGGAAUGUUGAGUCCAUUAUUAGAUGAAUCUGACAUUGAAUGUAUUAAAGUCUACAUUGUUCUACUAAAACCAUUCCAAACUAUUACUUCUUUUUUUAACAGUCCAGAAACUACUUCUCGUUACUUACUGUCUGCUUUAAGAAGUUAUAAAGAUACAGUCUUGCCUCACGUUUGGAAACUAAGGUCCAAAUUGAACAAAAAGCAAAUGCAAAAUAGAAAUAAUGACAGCAGAUUAACAAUCAUUUUGACCCAAAUUGAGAGGUUCUUGAGUAAAAUCAAGGAGUACAUCGAAUCUUAUGAAAAAGAACAAUUAUUGGUGGUUGCCAGCUAUUUCAAUUGUGGGUACAGAAAUUCACCUUAUCUAAUGGAAAAAUUAGGAUUGAAAUAUGAAGAGGGGAACAAUAAAAGUAAUAACGAUGCUCUUUCUAAACGCAUCAGUGACAUUAUUACUGGUAUUUUAUUUCCAAUGCUCAAUAUACGGCUGGAAACGACGAACGAAAACAUGGCAAGACCUCGAAUUCCUGGAAUUAUGAGUAUUGUUUUUGAUGAUGGCAGCGAGUCAAUUGAUAACCAAGGAGUGAGCGAGUCUCAUUUCCAAUAUAUAUUCUAUUCAAUGGUCCUAAAAGAGGUACAGAGUUUCAAUUCACAGUACAAUAAAAUUCAUGUUCGCUACACAGAAGAACAUAUGAAGGAAAUUGGCACUGAAUAUGACCAAGCCACAGGAAUGUUUAAACUCUCGAAUGGCAACCUUCUCAGUGAAUACGAGUAUCUCUUACUAACAAUGAGGGACGUUCACCACAAAAUAUGGGAAGAUAUCCGAAACUGUCCUAUUCUUACUCUAUUUAACCAAAUUAUUGACAGUGUUGCUGUAUCAUCAACGCAUAUUGAACAUAUAUUCAGUAUAUCUUCGAUACUCACUAGUAAGAGAAGAGGACGUAUAUUGCCUUCGAGCCUUGAGAAAAGAAUGAAAACUAAGGUAGCUUAUAUGACUUUGGGGAACUAUCAUAAAUUUGAUUUAAAAAAGACGACAUUAGAUCAGAUACUCUUCGUUCAAAAAUCAGAAUCGCAAUGA